UCGUGGCCCGGGCCAUUUGUAAGUAAUGGCGAGUGCUUGGUCUCCAGAUUGUUGCGAAGGCUGUUCCUCUACUAUCUGUGCGUGUGGCGACAAGGGCAAGCGGAGCGACUCCUCGCUCUUGGACAAGCGGGUCUCGGAAGACUCGAGCCGCCACCAGCUGCUGCAGAAGUGGGCGAGCACGUGGAGCUCCGUGGGCGGGGACGGGUCGGUGGCCUGCCUGGAAAAGAUGCGGCGCGAGGAGGCUGCUGAGCCGGCUGAGGAGGACAGGCCGCUGGUGUUUCUGUGCUCCGGCUGCCGGCGGCCCCUGGGCGACUCGUUGAGCUGGGUGACGAGCCAGGAGGACACCAACUGCAUCUUGCUGCGCUGUGUUUCCUGUAAUGUUUCUGUGGAUAAGGAACAAAUAUUAUCCAAACGUAAGAAUGAAAAUGGUUGGUGA